AUGGGCUGGCGUAAAGCGCACAUGCGCUCCCCUUGUGCUCCCUGGUACCGGAUUCCGUUCCUCGAGGAGUGGGCGUCCAUGGGAGGGAUCGGGCGCAUGCUCGAACGUAUCGAUCUCCGCUCAUUACCGCUCGAGGCGGACGGUGCAUGCUCAGGAGGACGACGGUGGAUGUCGUUGUACCGCUCGCGUACUGUACUGGGGCUCAUGAUGAAGGUCACUGAUCGAGGCGACGAAUUGGAGAAAUACCCUGUAGGGUGGUCCUCGCGAAACAAGUCUCAAUUGCACGCGCAGCCGCGACGCUGCUAUAAUGAAUGGACGAUCGACUUGAUCGACGGACAUUGUCGCUUGCAUGUUGAGUUCACCGCCUUUGUGCGGCCUCGAGGACUUGGCCCCGCUCACCGAGUAAGCCGCUCCAUGUACGCGCGCGGGGUGGGGCCGUUGGAGAGCGCCGGACAGACGCGAUUUGACCGCUACGCGGGCGCUCUUCUGGGCUGGAGAUUGUUGCCUGAAACGGUUGUACAUGCACUCAUUUUGUCUUGCAACCUGACGCGAGCAGCCGAGGAAGCGUCGACACAACCGAUGCGCUGCAUGGUGCUAUUUGGUUCGUCGCGUGGCAUCUUCACGGAACUGACGGCGAUGCGCCGCCCCCUCGGGCUCUGGGCGUGGCGGCGCUUGCCUAAUCUUUUCUUCCCUGAUCAUCGCCCUCAGGGUGACCAUCCCACCACCCUCAACGUCGUCCAGGACCUCAUCUUCUCAUCGCCGCGCGAGACUAUGACGAUAGCUACGACAGGGAUUACCUUCGAAGACUCGACGUGCUUUGGCGCGGGACAAUCUGGCAGCUGCGCUUCCUAA